AUGAGACCGACAACGGACGCACAUGUCGCACGCUCUUUUGCAGCUCAGAAGGAAGAUCCGACGACGCACGAUCAUCAGGACCAACAAGAUUCGUCGCUUCCUCAUUUCGACCUUUGCCAUCGCACCACCACCAUCAUCAGCAUCUGCCGAACCGCUUGUCGCCUCAAAGGGAACGCCCACCAAUCCCACUCGCGCACGCACUCGGUCACACACCACUUUACAAAAGAGAUUCGGGCCGCGCUUCAUUUAACGUUCUCAGUCAACUCGUUGGCACCGCACAAGGUUCCCACGCCUCUCUAUUCGCCUCCCACGAAUGGUGAGAGCCGUCAAGAGCCUCAUCAUCUUCAGUCUCAGACACUGCCAUCUACAACGUUGCCAUCGUCGUCGUCAUCGUCGUCGUUGUUCGUGCACAGCAUGACGAAGACACGUCGUCGCAAUCUGCGUUCGACCACCGCUCCUCCCUUUGCCGUUGCGUCUAAGCAGCAAAGGCGCGCUCCCAUCGUCGAGCCCAGGCACGACCGUUCUGCUGGACUGGAUGCCGACUACGUUGACUUGGCUGCCGAUGCGCCCGAUCAGCUCGAUCUUCAACAAUUCAUUGACAUGACUUCCCGUACCUCCGAAUUCUUCCCUCCCCUGCCUCAACCUCGCGCGUCUAAACGCAAAUCCGGCUGCUGCCCCGGCUUCGACGACACUAUCAACGACGAUGCCAUAACCCCUUGGCUCUCGCAGGAACAACAGUCCAGCGCGCCCGUUCCAGCGAGGAAUGUGGUCAAUUUCCUCCGCAACAAGUCGGGCAUCAAGACACGCGUAGGUGCGCUCAAUGGCAAGCGUGUCGACUACUUCAAAGGCUCUGCCGCCGUCAAGGCUCUCCUCUCGCCUGCCUACGCCAAGCUCAAAGACGUUCCCAAGGUCACCUCGAAGGAAGAGGCCGAAGAAGCUCUGCACAACAUCAUUCCCUUUGCCUUUUUCCUCCGCGUCGAGCGUGGUCCUAGCACCGGCGGCAAGGACUCGCCCAAGGUCGUCGAGAUCAACCCGCAGCAGAUGUUCAAGAGCGACUUCUACUACGUCUGGCUCUACGAAGGUUCGCAGCUGGGUCUCAAGUUGGCAGGGUUGGGUAUGGUCGCUGUCAUGUUGGCGGGUGUCAUGUUCCCACUCUGGCCACCUACGAUGCGACUGGGUGUCUGGUACCUUUCCAUCGGUGCGUUGGGCUUGAUCGGUCUGUUCUUCGCCAUUGCCAUCGUCAGGUUGAUCUUCUGGUUGAUCACCAUCGUAGUGGCUAAGCCGGGUAUUUGGAUCUUCCCCAACUUGUUCGAGGAUGUCGGAUUCGUCGACUCGUUCAUUCCGUUUUGGGCUUGGGACGUUCCUCCCGCGCCCAAGAAGAAGAGCAGCAAGGCAUCUACGGCAUCAGCAGCAGCAGCGGGUGAGAAGAAGAAGUCGUCUUCGAGCGGUGCAGGCGCAGCCGCACGACAGCAGGCCUUGUCCAGUAUGGGGGGAGCAGCACCUGCCGCCCCCGCUUCGCCACCAAAGCCUCCUCAGCAGGCUGCUCAGUCGACUCCGGCUGCACAGCAGAAUGGUGGUGUGCAGAACAACGCUACUGGUAGCGGUGGUCCGGGCGCUUCUGACAGCUUGGACGAUAUCAACUAA